GCCUGGUCCAGACUUGUAUCCUGGGGAAGCAGUCCUGCUUCCCAGCGGUUAAAUAGCCCAUGUUGGGGACUCCCUGCCGCCUCAGCAUCUCGGAUCGCUCUUUAACCUCUGGACCUGUCAGACCGGCCCUCCUUCACACGCUCGGGACCAACAAGUCUCCCCCUGAACUGGACCUCCAGAGACGCGUCCGUCCUUUUCCUUUUUCUUUUCUUUACCUUUUCCAUCUGUUUUUUUUAAUGGUACAAUGUCGUCUUUGCCAGGAACGGUUCCGCGGAUGAUGCGCCCGGGUCCCGGACAGAACUACCCCCGUACCGGAUUCCCUCUGGAAGUGUCCACUCCUCUGGGUCAGGGACGAGUCAACCAGCUCGGGGGGGUCUUCAUUAACGGCCGGCCGCUGCCCAACCACAUCCGACACAAGAUAGUGGAGAUGGCCCACCACGGGAUCCGGCCCUGCGUCAUCUCCCGACAGCUGCGGGUCUCCCACGGCUGCGUCUCCAAGAUUCUGUGCCGCUACCAGGAGACCGGAUCCAUCCGGCCUGGAGCGAUAGGAGGCAGCAAGCCGAGGCAGGUAGCCACGCCGGACGUGGAGAAGCGGAUAGAGGAGUACAAGCGGGACAACCCCGGAAUGUUCAGCUGGGAGAUCCGAGACAAGCUGCUGAAGGACGGCGUGUGUGACAGAAGCACAGUCCCUUCAGGUGAGGCCUCCUCCGUGAGCUCCAUCAGCCGCGUUCUUCGAGCUCGCUUUGGGAAAAAGGACGAUGAGGAGGAGUGUGAUAAAAAGGAUGAAGACGGAGAAAAGAAAACCAAACACAGCAUCGACGGGAUCCUCGGAGACAAAGGCAGUCGGAUGGAUGAAGUGUCGGACGUGGAGUCAGAGCCGGACCUCCCCCUGAAGAGGAAGCAGCGCAGGAGUCGGACCACAUUCACAGCAGAACAGCUGGAGGAGCUGGAGAAGGCUUUCGAGAGAACCCACUACCCAGACAUCUACACCAGGGAGGAGCUAGCCCAGAGGACCAAGCUCACUGAGGCCAGGGUCCAGGUGUGGUUCAGCAAUCGAAGGGCUAGGUGGCGAAAACAAGCAGGAGCCAAUCAGCUAGCAGCAUUCAACCACCUAUUGCCAGGUGGAUUUCCUCCCACAGGGAUGCCAACACUUCCUACGUACCAGCUGCCAGAGUCCGGCUACCCCACCAACACUCUGCCCCAAGACGGCAGUGGGACAGUUCACCGUCCCCAGCCGUUACCUCCAUCCACCAUGCACCAGAGCGGUCUGUCCAGCACUGACAGCAGCUCGGCUUACGGUCUGGCCUCCAACCGCCAUGGCUUCUCCAGCUACUCCGACACCUUCAUGAGCUCUGCAGCACCAAGCAACCACGUCAACCCUGUCAGCAAUGGACUCUCCCCACAGGUGAUGAGCAUCCUGAGUAACCCCAGCGGCGUUUCCUCACAGCCACAACACGACUUCUCCAUCUCGCCGCUCCACAGCGCCUUGGACUCGUCUCCAUCCAACGCCAUCUCAGCCAGCUGCAGCCAGCGCUCAACCGAGGCCUCCAUUAAGACGGUGGACAGCCUCCCAUCAUCCCAGUCCUACUGCCCCCCCACAUACAGCACCACCGGCUACAGCAUGGACCCAUCUGUGGCAGCCGCCGGCUACCAGUACAGCCAGUAUGGCCAGACUGCUGUGGACUACCUGGCGAAGAAUGUGGGCCUGUCCAGUCAGCGCAGGAUGAAGCUGGCCGACCACUCGGCAGUACUGGGACUGCUGCAGGUGGAAACCGGUCAGGCCUACUAGUACUUUAAACCACAUGACACCUGGUCACCAGCACAACCUGCAGCUCCUGCUACUGUCCCCACAAACCUCCCAGAGAACAUGUGUUUGUGUGUGUGUGUGUGUGUGUGUGUGUGUGUGUGUGUGUGUGUGUGUGUGUGUGUUGAUAUUUAGUUUUUCUAGACUUUAUUUGAUGUUAGUAUGUCUCCAAGCUUUAAACAUUCCCCGUGGAACAGCAGGGUCAGCACCGUCUUCAUAUCACACCAAAUGUUGUUCACAGCACCAUGUAUUUAACUUUUAACUAGAGAUGUAAAGAAUUACUAUGGGAAUCACAGUGUGUCCUCGCUGCAGCAGGCGUCCCUGUCCACACUCAGACAGCAGAAUCAUGCGUCACAGUCACUCAGACUGAACGCAGAGCACUUUUCUUCUGGUUUGCAUCUAUUGGAUUGCUGACAUUAAAUGCAGGUCUGAAGGAAACACCUGCCGGGCUGAUCACUUAUUUUGUGUUUCCCUUUGCCAUAUUUGUGUGAUCGCGGCUCAUGAAUGCUACCUCAGAUCCAGUGUGUUACCUUUUGAGCACACACAGCAUCACACAAGGCUGCAGUGAACAGAGACCGGUUUUCAGCUGCUGAUCCGUCCCGGCUGAGUUUUAGUGUUUUAAACUUUUUGUUCACCUUGAGCAGAAUAAAAUGCUGGAACAACCCGAGACACCUUUUGUGUGAAACUUUAUAGAAACUGAACAUUAGCACAAAAUAUUGUCAGCUUAAAAACAAAGUGUCAGCCUUCAGGAUGCCGUGUGUGUGUGUGUGUGUGUGGACGUAUGUGCGGGAGAUAAACUGGACCAAUGCUGGAGACUCUGCAGUCCCUCUGAUCAACAACAAGACCUCCUGAAGAGGUUUGGCUGGAGGCCAAACGGCUCCGGGCUGAGCAGCUGAACUUCAGUGUGAUGAUCCUCCAGCAGCUGGGUACCAGGGAUGAACUCUUCUUUUCCUCAGUUUCAUUUCAUGUCCGCUCUUGUGUUUAAGCACUAGAUGGUCCAACGGCUGACUCAGCUGGGUUUUGAGGAAUCAUCUGCAGCUAAAAGGUGGAUCUCCUACAGUAGUUAUGCUUGCAUUCUUGGGGAGAUGUGUGAGUUAUGUUUCUAUUCAACAUAGCAACAGAAGUGCAAAAUGUUUUCAAGUCAUUAUCUGGCCAUGACAGCUAAAGGAAACAGAUAAAUGUUUGCUGUUUUUUAUUUAAGUCUGGAAACCAAAAACUGGAAAGACUGGAAAGAACAGAAAAGAGUCUUAACAAUAGAAAUGUGACAACUUUGACUUGAGAAGGUUUAGUGCAGUCAGAGAGCCGUACUAACCACAAGGAGGGCUCCUCCAUGCUGCGUUCAGGAGAAGAACACCACUGUAGUCCUUCAGCAACAAUGCCAAUCAGUUUUCUUUUUUCUUCACUCUCUGUAUGUGAUGCCAGACAGAGUUCAUUUCAUUCCAGUGUCCCUCUGCUGCAUCGGUCUCACACUGAGGCUUGUAAGAUCUCUGCUGUCUCUCUUUGGACGCCGGCUGUGUUAAACUUCUACCUUGUGUAUGUAUAUUUUUUCACUCACUGCAAAGCAAGGAGAGCAUGAAGGAUCAAAUGUACAGAAAUGUUCACUCCUGUUUACCUCUUGGUCCUCUCUCUGCUUGUUUCGUUCUGCUUUCUGUUGGGCAUGCGUGUUCGUAUGUUGCCAUAGUAUAAUUUAUUCUACCUGUAUUAAGUAUUAGACUAGUGAGAAAUUUGUAUUGGCAUUUACUCCCUCAGCCUUUCGGUGUGUCGACUGUAACACUGGCGUAACUGUUCAUUAAAGCUCUACAACUGGACCAAGA